AUGAGUUUCAGACAUCAACAUUAUAAUAUCUAAAAUGAGUUUCAAAAAUAAAGUUGUGUUAGUAACAGGUGGUAGUUCAGGUAUUGGAGCAACUGCAGCUAUCGAAUUCGCUAAAGAAGGGGCUCACGUUGCAAUCGUUGGAAGAAAGGAAGAUAAACUAAAGAAAGUAAGCGAGCAAUGCGAAAAAGUUGGAUCUAAACCUCUCGUUAUAAAUGCCGAUAUAGGAUUUGAUGAUCAAAUGAAAAGAGUAUUAGAAACUGUGAUUGAUAAAUUUAAACAACUGGACGUGCUUAUUAAUAAUGCAGCUAUCAUGAAAUUUGCUUCCGUCCUAGAAGGUAAUAUUUUAGAAGCCUACGAUUAUACGAUGAAUGUAAACGUUCGUGCCUAUGUUCACGCUACAAUGUUGGCUGCUCCACAUUUAAUAAAAACAAAGGGCAAUAUUAUUAAUAUCUCGAGUGUAGCCGCCACCGCAUUACCAGCUCUACCAAAUUAUACUCCAUAUCAUACGUCAAAAGCAGCUCUGAACUUCUUUUCACGCUGCACAGCUCGUGAGUUGGCGAGUCACGGUGUAAGAGUUAAUAUAGUGAGUCCUGGACCAGUAGUUACUGACCUCCUGGAGAAUGUUGGAGUUACACACAUGAAAUUUGAGGAUUUGGCUGAAGAAAUGCCGCUGAAUAGAGUGUCGCAGCCUAUCGAGAUUGCAAACAUCAUUUUGUUCCUCGCCAGUGACAAAGCUGUGGGCAUUACUGGCUCUGAAUAUGUUGCUGAUAAUGGUUACCUUCUGAAGAUCAGUAAAUAAAUUUUUGAAAUUGUUUCUCCGUU